GUUGCUCUCCGAUCGAGCUCUGAGACCAUCACGUGAAUUCCAUAUCAAUCGGUUGCACACAAUUGAAAUGGUGGCCGAAGUCGUAAUCAAGGCGCUGCGGGAGCAGCAACCGGCGGCGGCUGCGCUCACGGCGGCGAUUUUGGUGCUUGUGUUUUCGUACAUGGCGUGGUUCUGGUCGCUGCGCCGGAGGCUGAGCGGGCCCACUGUGUGGCCGCUCUUCGGCAGCCUUCCGGGCCUCGUCCUGAACCGCGCCCGCAUGCACGACUGGAUCGCUGGCAACCUCCGCGCCACCGGCGGCGUCGCCACCUACCAGACUUGCAUCCUCCCGAUUCCCCUGCUCGCCCGCCGUCAGGGGCUUGUCACUGUGACGGCGCACCCACGCAACCUCGAGCACGUCCUCCGCACGCGCUUCGACAACUACCCGAAGGGCCCGCAGAUGCAGGCGGCGUUCCAUGACCUCCUCGGCGGCGGCAUCUUCAACUCCGACGGUGAGGCGUGGCUCCUCCAGCGCAAGACGGCGGCGCUGGAGUUUACCACCCGCACGCUCCGACAGGCCAUGGCCCGCUGGACCAACCGCGCCAUCCUUCGCCUCUGCAGCAUCCUCUCCGCCGCGGCCGCCGGAGAUGGCCGCCGCGCCGUUGACCUCCAGGACCUCCUCCUCCGCCUCACCUUCGACAACAUCUGUGGCCUCACCUUCGGCAAGGACCCCGAGACGCUCUCUCCUGCCAUCCCCCACAACCCCUUCACUGCCGCCUUCGACGCCGCUACUGAGGCCACCCUGCAGCGCCUCCUUUUCCCCGGCUUUCUCUGGCGUCUCAAAAAGGCCCUCCGCCUCGGCGGCGAGCUCCGCCUGCGCCGGAGCCUCGAGGUCGUCGACCGGCACAUGGAGGCUGCCGUCGCCGAGCGCAAGGAGACCCCCUCAGACGACCUCAUCUCCAGGUUCAUGAAGAAGCGCGCCUCCGACGAAAACCUCCAGCGCAUCGCGCUCAACUUCCUCCUCGCCGGCCGCGACACUUCCUCCGUCGCGCUGAGCUGGUUCUUCUGGACCGUGAUGCGGCGGCCCGACGUGGAGCGGAAGAUCGUGGGAGAAAUAACUGCGGUUCUGCGGGCGACCCGCGGACCUGACCGGGCCGCAUGGCUCGCCGGUUCGCUCGAGUUUGACGAGCUGGACCGACUCGUUUAUCUCAAGGCGGCCCUGGCGGAGACCCUGCGGUUAUACCCGUCGGUCCCACAGGACACAAAGUACGUGAUAUCCGAUGACGUGCUGCCAGAUGGGACGGUGGUGCCAGCGGGUUCCAGUGUGACGUACUCGAUCUACUCGAUGGGGAGGCUGGAGACGAUUUGGGGGAAAGACUGCGAGGAAUUCCGGCCGGAGAGGUGGCUGUCCGCGGAGGGCGACCGGUUCGAGCCGACCAAGGACCCGUACCAGUUCGUGGCCUUCAACGCGGGGCCGAGGACGUGCCUGGGGAAGGACCUGGCGUACCUUCAGAUGAGGUCCAUCGCGGCGGCGGUGCUGCUGCGCCACCGCCUGGAGCCCGUUCCGGGCCACCGGGUGCAGCAGAAGAUGUCGCUCACGCUGUUCAUGAAGCACGGGCUGCUGGUCUACGUGCGGCCGAGGAACCUCGACGACGUCGACGGACACCUCGUGGACUCGCCGGCGAAGAAAGUGACGACUGCAAUCGCCACCGCUGCAGCAGCGUGAGAGACGUCGGGAAACAAACGGUUUUACACGCUGGUGUUUACUUGGGGAAUGAUCCGUUGUUUAGUUUGAUGUGCAUGUUCUUGUAUUUGGUCUUAUUCUUGUGCUCUCUAUACUGCAAAUGAUUAUAUAAUUUCUUGAGUAUUUUAAUUCAAAA